CGACAUCGCAGCCUGCCAGGACUUUACCUAGACCACAACAUAGACUGCCAGGAUGACGUCGAGGCUCAAAAAGAAGCUCGACCACAUGGAAGAACAGGGUACCAACCUGAACGAAUCCUUCUGCCUGAUUGGUACGCCGUUACCUUCCUUGGCUGAUACUAAACGGGACAAGAACGAGUUCGUACCCGUCUGGAAGCAGGAAGUUAGGGACGAACAGGGUCGAAGGCGGUUCCAUGGAGCUUUCACCGGAGGGUUCAGUGCAGGGUACUUCAACACCGUCGGAUCGAAAGAAGGAUGGACGCCCUCGACAUUCGUCUCAUCCCGCGGCCAAAGAGCUUCCAAAACCCAAGCCGUCGAGGAUUUCAUGGACGACGAAGAUCUGGCCGAUCUCAAGGAUAGCAGAAAGUUGGAAAACACCGAGACGUUCAGAUCUGGGGAAGGGUUCGGUACUGCAGCUGAACUGGGGGGUCAGGCUGGGGAAGGAUCCCUGACCUCGGCCCUGAGUUCGCUCAUCCAACCCUCAACCUCCUCUAUCGGUCAAAAAUUGCUGAUGAAGAUGGGUUGGAAGCCCGGUCAAGGGGUCGGUCCACGCUUGACGGCGAGGCAGCUGAGAUUGCAGGAACGCAAGAUCGGACGACGGGCCGCCCACGUCGGCGUUCUACCUAGUCAAACUCAAUCUCGGGUUGGCGUGGACGACUUGGAUGGAGAUGAAGAGAUGGACAUGGACAUGGGGAUGGGAAUGGGAAUGGGAGACGCCCGGGACAAGGACGGGAAGAAACACACGUUCGCUCCGAGAGAUACCAAAUUGCUAUUGUUCGACAACAAGCAAGAUCGUUCCGGUCUAGGUUAUAUCCGGGGCGGCGGUAUGAACUUGUCUCAAUCUCAAACCCAAACUGGACCAUCUCGUACCGCCCCUUCAGAACCGCAGAUCAGUUCAGGGUUCGGCUUGGGGGGUCAUGAUGCCGACGAGGACGACCUCGACAUCUACUCCUCCGGACCUAGCGCUCUUCGAGACUUGGAUAACAGGAGGACAGCGUACGAUCGGGAUGAAGACGAUGAUAUGGAUCAUGGCGUUGUUCUUCUUGGCGAGGGCAUGGUGGGUGCGGAUCGAAACAAGAAACGGCAAGCCAAUGUGCCACGUAAUGAAGACCCGAGGAACAAGGCUAGAGCUUCAGGCUCAGCUGGAUAUACGUGGCACGAUGGUCGACCUGUCAUUCCCGGUUUCGUUGUGGAUAUCAACGUCAUCUCGAACGACAAGUGGUUUCCUUUCCCAGAUAUCCCAGAAGGAUGGCGACCUCGACCCGCACGGGUGUGGCAGACGAACCGCCGGUGGGAUCAGGCAGCCGUGAAGAAGGAGGAGCCUGUGAUACCGACAGGGCGCAACAGACCGCAGAUGACGGCGGAUGAACGCGGGAAGGCUUUAGGAGAGGAACAACUGAAGGAGCCCUCCAAAUCGAUCUUUGAUUACAUGUCGGCCAAGAGCAAAGAGAGGCUGGCUCAAGUCAUCCCGGGAGACCGACAAGCGGGCGUCUCAAUGGAACCCGAGCAGGAAGUCAAGCCAGAGCCUGCGGCUGCGCGGGACGGGGUGAUCGUCCCGCCUCUUUCUCCCCGAACUGCAUCGGCCGCUCUGAAGGGGUUCAUACCGUUCGGCGACGAUCCAGCGAAACAAGAACGAUACACGUCGUAUCUGCGUUCACAGACGCACGACAGUAGCGAACCGAACCCCAAGCUGCUUCCGGUCAAGCAACUCGACCAGAUCAACAAAGAAUUGUCAGACUUUGCCAAGUCGGCGCAAAUGUUCCGUCCGCUGAGCUUCGCCAUGGCCAACCGUUUCACCUCGUCCAAGCUAUCGGCACAGGACAUGGUCCAGCCUAAACCCGGUCUCCACAUUCCGGACCCGAACAAGGUGGACGAGUGGAAAGACAAGACCAGGCUCGAGGAAGAGAUCAAAGAGGUCUUGACCCCGCGAGAAGAGGCCGCUCGGGCGGGGAUGUUCGGCAAGAUGACCAGAGUGACAUCCGACUGGGUCCCCCAUGCGCUCCUGUGUAAACGGUUCGGCGUGGCCAAUCCUUGGCCGGACGGUCCGCCUGGUUCGAAACCCAAGGAAUCGGGAGCUGCCGAGGCGUCUGUACCUUCUGCAGGACGAGCGUUGGGUACGAAACCCCUGUUAAGCGCUCCUGGACAGGAUGUCGCUUGGCAGAACAACUUCGUCCACCAAACACCCGCAGAGUCGAGCCAGACCGAAGAGACUGCUGUUCCGGGUGAACCGCCUAAGGAACGCCAACCGCGUAAUAUCGGCGAGGUCGGAUUGGCAGAAGAUGUCAAUCAGGGUAGAGAUACCUUGACGUACAAGAAGCCCGAGAUGGACAUAUUCAAAGCCAUCUUUGCUAGUGACGACGAGGGGGACGACAGCGAUGAUGAGGAUCAGGAUGACAAUGAUGCGGCAGACCGGAUGGUCAUCGAGAGCAAACCUGCAAUCUCCGCAGCACCUGCGCCAAAGCCGAUAGCGGACAGGGAAUAUUCGCCAGCCCCGCCUCCCCCUUCCAACUUGCCUAUCGCCGGCGAUAUUGCCCGACCGGUCUUUGCUCCCAGCGCCCAUCGCCUGACUAGCAAGCCCGAGUCUGAUGUUCCCAAGUUGUCGAUAAAGAAAAAGGACAAGAAGCGGGACCGUGCAAAAGCCAAGACGAUGCUCAGUUUCGAUAUGGGGGAUGACGAGGGUGACGCGGACGAUCAAGGCGGUAGGGAAGAAGAAUCGGCGAGGGAGAGAGACAGGAAACGGCGCAGGAAAGAGGAGAAGCGGGAAGAAAAGCCUAGAGAAAAGAACAAGGUCGAAGUCAAGCCUGCUGUGAUUGAUGAGGACGACGAGUGGGUGGAAGCCCCGCCCGUCGCUCGUUGAUAAUGUGGAACAAUGAAUGAAGUUUACUACCCUAG